CUGGCCUGGCUGGGCACCGGCACCACCAUGGCCGGCCUCAACAAAUGGAUCUUUGCCACCCACGGCUUCCGCUACCCGCUGCUGCUGUCGUCCCUGCACAUGCUGUCGGGGGUGGCCGUGGGGUACCCGCUGGGCUGGGCGCGGGGACCAUCACCUCCGGCCCCCCGGCCCCGUGCUAGGAUCUACCUCCUCAGCCUCACCUUCUGCACCAGCGUGGCAUUGGGCAACCUGGGCUUGAGCUACGUGCAGCUGGAUGUGGCGCAGGCGGUGGCCACCACCACGCCGCUGGUCACCCUGCUGCUGUCGGGGCUGCUGGGGGGCCGGCGGCACCACCCUCUGCAGUAUGCCGCCAUGGGGCCCGUCUGCGCCGGGGCUGCCUGCAGCAUCGCCGGCGGAGUCCGCUUCCACCAGCCCGGCUGCGGCUUCCUCCUGGCCGCCACCGUCCUCCGCGCCCUCAAGUCCAUACAGCAGAGUCUGCUGCUGCAGGAGGACCAGCUGGAUGCCCUCUCCCUGCUCUGCCUGACCUCCCUGCCCAGUUUCUGCCUGCUCUUUGGGGCGGCCAUGGCGCUGGAGGUGGGUCCCUCCUGGGAGGGCGUCCUGCGCUACAAUGGCACCCUCUGGGCCUGUGUCCUGCUCAGCUGCCUGGGCUCCGUCCUCUACAACCUGGCCACCUUCUGCAUCCUCUCCCUCACUUCUGCCCUCACUGUCCACGUCCUGGGCAACGUCACCGUGGUGGGCAACCUCCUGCUCUCCCGCCUCCUCUUUGGCAGCCACCUGAGCGGGCUCAGCUACCUGGGCAUCGGGCUGAUGCUGGCCGGGAUGUUCAUGUACCACCAGCCGGACCUCAUUGCGGCACGCUGGACGGCACGGCUGGGACGGGGCCCCCCCAGGCGGGAGUAG